UCUCUCUGUGACUCUACCGAGAACUAAAACCAUGGAUCACAGUAGCACUGCUCUAUGCACGUUCUCUUCUCCUCUUUCUUUGUCGCGACUAUCUGCUCUUCUCAUCCGUGCCACCCUCACCUGCGUCUUCGCCACAGUGGGAGUGCUCUUGGGAGCCCUGGCCGGCGCCUUGAUCGGCGUAGCGACCGCGAGCGGCGUGGUACGUGGAAGCAUCAGUGGAGCCAUCUCCGGAGCGCUUUCGUCGGUGGAGGUCGUGGAAGACUCUCUUGCUAUAUGGCGAAACAACGGGUCCGGACAAUGGAGCAUCUUGUACUUGCUGUGUGCUCUGAGCGCGCCCUUCUUGGAGGUUCUUGACGACAUCUUCGAGGCUGGCGGCGGUGGCACGAAAGGCAUGCCCAAGGCUUCCGUCGACAAGCUCCCCAAGAUCAACAUCCAUGUGGAGGACUGUGUGGAUGCAAGGAGCGAAAGCAUCAGCUGUGCAGUCUGUCUUCAGGAGUUUCAAGCAGGCAUAAUUUCUCAGAAGCAUACUUGGUACAGUAGGCAAUGUCUCUAUGUAUAAAAUCUUGAAUACAAGGUUGUUCUCCACAUUGGCUUUCUUCAAGCCAUGCUCAUGUUGCAGUGUUUCAGCAAUAGAACAUGUAUGUAUGAUCCGUACAAAACUGACCUUCUGCUGUGCUGCAGAAAGUGAAGCAUUCAAGAGGCAGAGAAACAGUUGUCUCAUUUCAUGCCUCAAAAGAGUCUGAGUCUGCUAUGCUAUGGUUUUGCUCCUGGCCUCAGUUUGACUUGUAAUAUCACCAUCUCUCUAACAACAAGCUAGUGCCUUAACCACUGUUCAAAGACGUGUUAGUCCGGGCUUCUGAAAAUUGUAGAUCCAAAGACUGGGAACUGCGUAGAGCUGCAGUUGCAGAAACACUAGUCGUGACAACUUCAUAUUCUACCCUUUCUUGCCUCUGACCUGCAGAAAUAACAGUUAAUG